GAUCGGGCCGGGAGAGGGGGGGCUCUGGGUCGGCCUAGGGGAGGGGUCGUCUUGGGCGCGGCCUGUGAGAGGGCCCGGCCAGCCCGCGGGGAGGGGGCGCGGUCCUGGGUGGCCGGGGGCGGGAGCUCGGCCUUUUCAGGGGAGGGGUCCGCAGGAUGUCGUGCUGGCCUAUGGGGCGCGUCCUGGGGGGAGGGGGGGACGAAGAACCCGAGAUCUCAGCUCCUUAGGGGAAGGGUCUCCCCAGGGUCGAGCUGCCCAAGAGGAGGGGCUCUGUGGCUCGGCCAGCCUGUUGGGAAGGGGGCUGCCCGAGGGGGGCUGGGGCCGGAACUCCCAGAGGGACGGUGUCUCCGCACGGGAGUGAACCCCCCAAGAUCCCCGUAGGUCCAUCCUCUGGCGCGCCCUGCUCUGGCUAAGGGAGUCUCCAGGGAAGCCCCGAGACUGGGUCGCCUAAGCCGGCCUGAGCCAGUGGUCUGGGCCGAAUCCGGGUCCAGCCUCGCCGGUCGCACCGCAUUGCGUCUCCCGGGCCAAGACGAGCCGGGCGCGCCCCCUGUAGGCCGAGCGCGGGCACGGUGCGGGCUGCUGCCUGGGGGACGGGGCACCCCGGGGACCCAGGCGUCCGGGGACCCUAGGUGUUUACCUAAUCCGGGGCGGACGGCGGCGUGGCCCCAGGCCCGGCAGCCCCUGCCCGCCCUCUCGCCUUCACAGGCGGCACGGCCAUGGCCACGAUGGUGCUUCCUCGGGAGGAGAAGCUGAGCCAGGAUGAGAUCGUGCUGGGCACCAAGGCCGUUAUCCAAGGGCUAGAGACCCUGCGCGGGGAGCAUCGUGCCCUUCUCGCUCCCCUCGUCGCUCAUGAAGCUGGUGAGGCAGAGCCCGGCUCACAGGAGCGCUGUGUCCUCCUGCGCCGCUCCCUGGAGGCCAUCGAACUGGGGCUGGGGGAGGCCCAGGUGAUCUUGGCGCUGUCGAGCCACCUGGGGGCCGUAGAGUCGGAGAAGCAGAAGCUGCGGGCUCAGGUACGGCGCCUGGUGCAGGAGAACCAGUGGCUGCGGGAGGAGCUGGCAGGGACGCAGCAGAAGCUGCAGCGCAGCGAGCAGGCCGUGGCCCAGCUCGAGGAGGAAAAGCAGCACUUGCUGUUCAUGAGCCAGAUCCGCAAGCUGGACGAGGACACGUCCGCCAGCGAGGAGAAGGGGGACGUCCCCAAAGACUCUCUGGAUGACCUGUUCCCCAGUGAGGAGGAGCAGAGCCCAGCCCCCAGCCCUGGAGGAGGAGACGUGGCUGCCCAGCACGGGGGCUAUGAAAUCCCAGCACGGCUCCGCACCCUGCACAAUUUGGUGAUCCAGUACGCCUCUCAGGGCCGCUAUGAGGUGGCCGUGCCACUCUGCAAGCAGGCCCUCGAGGACCUGGAGAAGACGUCAGGCCAUGACCACCCUGACGUGGCCACCAUGCUGAACAUCCUGGCGCUGGUCUAUCGGGACCAAAACAAGUACAAGGAGGCUGCACACCUGCUCAAUGAUGCCCUGGCCAUCCGCGAGAAGACGCUGGGCAAGGACCACCCAGCUGUGGCUGCGACACUGAACAACCUGGCGGUCCUGUAUGGCAAGCGGGGCAAGUACAAGGAGGCUGAGCCCCUCUGCAAGCGGGCACUGGAGAUCCGGGAGAAGGUUCUGGGCAAGUUUCAUCCAGACGUGGCCAAGCAGCUGAGCAACCUGGCCCUGCUGUGCCAGAACCAGGGCAAAGCCGAGGAGGUGGAAUACUACUACCGGCGGGCACUGGAGAUCUACGCCACACGCCUUGGGCCUGACGACCCCAACGUGGCCAAGACCAAGAACAACCUGGCCUCCUGCUACCUGAAACAGGGCAAGUACCAGGAUGCAGAGACCCUGUACAAGGAGAUCCUCACCCGCGCUCAUGAGAAGGAGUUCGGCUCUGUCAGCGGGAACAACAAGCCCAUCUGGAUGCACGCAGAGGAACGGGAGGAGAGCAAGGAUAAGCGCCGGGACAGCACCCCCUAUGGGGAAUAUGGCAGCUGGUACAAGGCCUGUAAAGUAGACAGCCCCACAGUCAACACCACAUUGCGCAGCUUGGGGGCCCUGUACCGGCGCCAGGGCAAGCUAGAAGCCGCGCACACGCUGGAGGACUGCGCCAGCCGCAGCCGCAAACAGGGCCUGGACCCUGCAAGCCAGACCAAGGUGGUGGAGCUGCUGAAAGACGGCAGCGGUGGGCGCGGAGACCGCCGAGGCAGCCGAGACAUGCCCGCGGGUGCCGGGGCUCGGUCUGAGGCUGAUCUCGAGGAGGCAGGGCCUGCAGCCGAGUGGAGCGGGGACGGCAGCGGCUCCUUGCGGCGCAGUGGCUCCUUCGGGAAGCUCCGAGAUGCCCUGAGGCGCAGCAGUGAGAUGCUGGUGAAGAAGCUGCAGGGUGGUGGCCCCCAGGAGCCCCCAAACCCCAGGAUGAAGCGGGCCAGUUCCCUCAACUUCCUCAACAAAAGUGUGGAAGAGCCAGUCCAGCCUGGAGGCACAGGCCUCUCUGAUAGCCGCACCCUCAGCUCCAGCUCCAUGGACCUCUCCCGACGAAGCUCCCUUGUGGGCUAAUCCUGAAGGGGCAGCUGGUCCCCAGAGCCUCCACCCAGCACCAUCCCCACCCCAGCCCUGCGCAUGGGCCUGCUGCUUGCCCCUCCUGUCUCUCCCAAGGACCCCUGUCUUUUCUGUUCAAUCUCAGGGUAACCUCCUCCCUUGUCAUCUCAGCCUGAGCCCUGGAGGCUGGGCCUGCCCACUCCAGUUCUACCCCUUAUUUAUUCCUUCCAGCAGGGCCCCCUCUUCCCUAGGUUCAGGGCCAGCGGAGGGGCUGGCCGGGGUCUCCACAGGUAGAGAGAGGCUCAGUGGCCCCCCCUCCGCAGACCCCAAAUCCAAGAACACUAAGCACCUGCCGUCCCUUCAGCACCCUGCCCUCCCCCGGCCGUUGCUUCUGUAUAUAGAGAAAUAAGUUAUUGGCCGCACUCCUCCCCUCAGUCCUUGGUACUAUCCGGCCUCCCCUCACCCCACCCUUCUCUAGUGGUACCGCCCAGGCCUUAAUCACCCCCAUUCCGCGCGGUGGUAUCUCCCAGGCUCCACAUCUCAGGGGCGGUGCCUCCCCAAAGGGUUCCCUAGGCAUUCUCGCUUUCCUCCCGGCCUCUAAAUGGUGCGCCCUGCCCCGUGCCCCAGGACGGAGAGCCCACCCCCUGUCCGUUCUCUCACCGCCGGGCUCUGCCCUGCAGCCCGGUCUUAUGCACUGCUCCUCCCGCCCGGCCUGCCCAGGCUCGGCCUGACCCCGCCCCGGGCACCGCCCGUAGAGCCAUCCUGCCACGCCUCCUCCCACACCUGCAGCUUCUUGCUAGGGGCGGUGAUGGACCCCUGUGGCAGGAGGGGCUGCCCCAGUUGGGAGGUGAGGCGGUCGCUCUCUAUUUUCAAAUGUUGCUGUAGAAAUAAAGACGGUUUGACUCUGA